GGAGGUCACGUGAUUACACAAUACCACGUUCCGGGGAGGGGGAAUCACGUGCGGGAUCGAAGGGGAGGAGAGUUCGAACAGGCAGUUCGCCCGCUCUUUACCCGUCCCCCCCCCCCAGCAUUCGCAGAGGGGCUGGGAAACGUGGGCUAGUCCUGUCACGUGCGUCGGCACAAAUAGCCUCGCGGACUUUUUUUUUUGCGGGGGGGGGGGGAGACGGCAAGGAGGCAGGACGUCAACCGAAGAAGUGUUUCAGUUUCGCUCGCGGUCUGCCUGGUUUGGAGCGGCUUCGCUCCCUUGCACAGGAAGAGGCGGCGCCGCCACCGCAGACUUCAACGGGCAGGCGCCGCGCUUCUCGCCCGCUUCCGUUUGCCCCUCUUUUCUCUCCCUGGACACGCGCACCUGGCUGCAAAGUUUGUCGCUCCUCCGUCUGCGAGGGAGGCCAGGUGUUACGCAGCUAGGAAUCCAAAAACCGAUGCGCAUUUAUUGCUAGUCCGCAACUUCCGAAACUGUUCGACACGGCAGCUGUUUAAGCUUUGGGGAAAUUAUUUUAAAUACAAACUAUCCUUUUAAGAAAAAAUAAAAACAAACAUCCGUCGAAUUUAUUUAUUUAUUUACUUCCCGCCCUCCACCCUAAGGCAGGAGGGCCAGUGAUGCAGCCCACACACUAUUUGAAUGGCAAUGGUCAUCAACUUCGGGGGUGGGGAUCUGGCCCUUUCAAAUAUUGUAUUGGGGUGGGGGCGAAGGAACCUCAGCCCCUAGGAGCUGGCUGCUAUGCCUAAGGUCCCAGAGCAAGAUACAGUAUAAAAACAGCAUUGAGAACAAUUUUAAACUUGCAAAGGUGGGUGCUAAAAACAUUCACCUUUGCAAAUAUGACCUUUGCUUUCUAUAGGUACGUUGAAUUUUGAAGCAGCACGUGUAGGGGUGAGGUAUUUAGCUUUUUAUUUUAGCAUAUUCAGGGCUAAUUUAGAUUUAGAAAAUGGUAUGAGGGAGAGGAUUUUUUAAACUUCCUUCCCCACAGCUGCUUUUAGGUGGGGAAAGAGUUGGGAGUUGUAAUUAUGAAUCCUAUAUUUGGGGGUGGCGCAGGACAUUUUGUCGCCCCUGCAACACCAUUCACCAUCCUGCAGAACCGGGGCCCCUCCCUGGCCCCACCGUCACACCUGUACUGCUGCCAGUCCCGCCACUGCAACUGCCACGAUGCAGUAGCAGUUUGGUGAGGGAUGGUUGUGAGGACAAGGGUACUGUGGCACAGACAAAGCCACAAUGGGGCUGGAAGCACCACAAUGGGGCUGAUGGCGGUGCAGUGGCAGGGGUUGAAUCUGCUGGCCUGUAUGAGAUCUAUUUUGGUCAUCCUGCUAAUAGAUCCUGCUAACAGGCCUUCGUUCCCACAAAAUGGGCGUACUGGUUUCUCUAAACAGAAAUACCAAAGAGAUAGAAAUGAAAAGGCUCUGACACCCUUGCUGGCUUUGUGUAACAACUUUGCAAGGCACUUUAGGGAGAAAAUCACUCAGAUUUUGACAGCUGGAUCGCAUUCAAAUCAAGUCUAACAAAGUUGUCUAUUGCAGCCUGAGGAUGGGAAAACCUGCUUGAAGACAUGUGGCCAUCCACCUGCCACCUUGACCCUUGGCAUUCUGGCUUCUUCAGGGGGUUGUCUGGUGGGGGGGGGGGUCCAGAAAGUGAUUAAUGUUUUAAUGAAGAAGGUGCCACCUGCCUUGAAGGAGGCAGUGGUGUGUCUCCUUGGUAAGAAGACCUCCCUGGAUCCAGAAUUGUUAAAAUAACUAUUGUCUGGUGGCAAAUAUCCCCUUUUGAGGCAAGGUGCUUGAGAAGGUGAUGGUGGUCCAGCUUCAGGAAGGAAACUAAUUACUUGGAUCUGUUCUCCUCUGCCUUCAGGCCUUGUCAUGACACUCAAAUUUCCUUGGUCACCCUGAGUGAUGAUAUUUAUCAGGAGAGAGAUGGGGAGAGUGCAACGCUGUUCAUUCUCAAUCUGUUGGUGGCUUUUGAUACUGUUGACCACAGUAGCCUUCUGGAGCAGAAGUAUCUUUCUGGUUCACCAGAAACAACCCCUUUUGGACAUAAAUAACCUGGCCACUGUAAUACAUUCUCUGGUAACUUACAUACUUAGGAUGACUUGGAAAUGUCAAGUGGUUCAAAAUGCAGCAAGCAGAUUAGUGGCUGGGCUUCCAAUUAGAUCUCACAUAACCCUUGUUUUAAAACUGCUGCAUUGGUUGCCAGUUCAUUUCCAGGCUUAGAUCCAGAUGCUCACAUUAGCGUUUAAAGCCCUACAGACCCCCUCAGGGGGCAGAGGAGGCCCUAUUAGUUGUUCCAUUUCUCAGAAGCUGUAAAGUAAAUAGAGGUAGACUCUGCCUUGUAAUAUUAUUUCUUUAUCCACAUAUGUCUUUUAUUUGGCCUUUAUUGAGUAGAUCUUCUUUCACCAGUAAAAACAUAAAACUAUACAAGGUACAUAAAAAUGGUCUCUGCCCUGGCAUUUUUACUGCUGCAUUGUUUGUUCACAGAUAUAUUUCCUUGUAUUUUCCACCUAAUUAAUAUUGGUAGCUGGAAGCCUUGAGAGGGAAUUGAACUCCCCUGCUGUUCCAUCACUGAUUGCAAACUACAGAAGUGAGGAAAGGCAGUUCCCUCCUGCAGCUCCAUUUGAAUGACUCUGCAACAAUGUGAGAGGUGAUGGAGGAUGCUGUAGGGGGAAGGAGGAAUUGGUGAUAAUUGCUUCCCCUUCCCUUCUGUCAGAGACAACCUCUGGACCACCAGCCAUUCCAUGAAUGAAAUGAAUAUGAAAUGAAAAUGUUGCAAUAUGAAUCAAACAGGACCCUUAAUCAACUGUCCUCAGCUGGAAAAGAAGAAGGCUUAUGCCACACAACCCUGAGUACAUCAGUGGCCAUGCAGUCUUCUCAUGCUUUCUUUGUCUGGAGGGCCAUGGUGUUCUUUGGGAAGUAUGCAGCUGUUGCUUUUGCCAUAUUGUCUGUGUCACUGAGUAUUCUACAUUCAGUGCCGGAGCGAGAGUUCAUUGCUCCAGGCUGCCCUGAAUGUAAACUGAUCUUGAACGCACGCAUGACGGAGCUGUUCAAUGGGCGACCUAUUUAUCAGUGUGCAGGAUGCUGUUUCUCAAGGGCUUAUCCCACUCCCAUGAGAUCUAAGAAGACAAUGCCGGUCCCAAAGAACAUCACAUCAGAAGCAACAUGCUGUGUGGCAAGAGCCUUCAAACAGGCUCCCAUUCCAAAUCAUGAACACACAAAGAUAGAGAAUCACACCGAUUGUCACUGCAGUACUUGCUACUAUCAUAAAUCUUAAGACCUUCAUGAAUGGACCACCGAUGACAACGAAUGAUUUUAUUUUAUUUGCAUUUUUUGCAUUAUUUGCAUGUAUAAGAUCUUAACUUUUCUGAUUGAAAAAAAGGAAGCUUUGAGCUUACCUACUAUGAUAUAUUCCCUGCUGUUCUGUUUCCUCUUUACUUCAUCACACAUUGAGUGAAACUGACAAAUAUGUUUCAUUAUUUCUCUUAGAAACCAAAUAUAGAAUUUUGCAUGACAA